UCGCCGCCGCAGCAAACUUCAAACCAAGUCCCGAACCAUCAAUUUUGAUUGUCAUUCUUGAAACCAGCCAGCCAGCCCCAAACGCCACAGUGGAUCGUUGCGCGAUUUCGAUUUCAGCAAAUCUAAAAAUCCCGCAAAUUGGAAACAGAUUGUCUCCCGCGCACGGAACCACUUCCGCUUUGAGCCGUUUUUGUGCAGGACACAGUUUUUGAGAAGCAGCGGAAUCCUGCAAAAGCAAGAGCAAUUCGUACGAUGAGUGGACCAAUUUUCGGCAGCAGCAGUGCCCUCGGGGGCAGUUCCGGCGGGAAUCGCCACCUGGUGGAGUUCCGGGCUGGGCGGAUGAAUCUGGUGAACAAGAUGGUCCACCCGGACAACCGGAAGGGGCUGGUGUACGUGUACCAGGCGGAAGAUGGGUUGAUUCACUUUUGCUGGAAGGAUCGUACGACCGGGAACGUGGAGGACGAUUUGAUCGUGUUUCCGGACGAUUGCGAGUUCAAGAAGAUCGACAACGUCAAGACGGGCCGGGUGUAUUUGCUCAAGUUUAAGAGCUCGAGCCGGCGGUUGUUCUUUUGGAUGCAGGAGCCCAAGACGGACAAGGAUGAGGAGUGGUGCCGCCGGAUUAACGAGGUCAUCAACAAUCCGCCCUCGUCGAACAGUUUGGGUGGGGGUUCGGGCCGGGGUGGCAGUGGAAGCGACAACGGCGACUUGCAGUACAUCAUGCAGAACAUGUCCCAGCAGCAGCUGAUGCAGCUGUUUGGCGGCGUGGGUCAGAUGGGUGGACUGAGCAGUCUGCUGGGGUCGAUGAGCCGCUCGUCUUCCGGCAACUCGAGCAGCCGCACCAGCGCCACCACUCCGUCCAGCCGGAGCACAUUGUCGUCGAGUAACGCGGGCAGCGGCACGGCCGUCACAACGCCCACGACCGCCACCGCCGGAUCGCCGUCGACGCCGCGUGCCCCCCGCAAGAAUGCUUCCGAAUCGUCCAAGAGCAGUAACGCUGGCGCUGCAGUCACGGCCACGCCCAUUGGAGCUGGCACCGGCGGCGGUGAGGGUGGAAACCGCGUCCGAUUGGCCGACCUGCAGAACUACCUGGCCGGUAUGAGCCCCGCAGCGGCAGCUGGCUCCGGCGGUCAGCGACGCAACGUUGACCUGGCCUCGGCCGUUACCUCGGAUUCGCUGUCUUCGGUGAUUGCCAACCAGGAAAUGGUGGACGCGCUCGUUGAACAUCUUCCCGAGGUCGAAGGCGACGACAACAAGAAGCAGCAGCUGAAGGAAACCCUGUCCUCGCCCCAGUUCCAGCAAGCCCUGUCCAUGUUCUCCAACGCGCUGCAGUCCGGCCAGCUUGGACCGGUGGUGUCGCAGUUCCAGCUGAACGCCGAAGCCGUCGCCGCGGCCAACAGUGGCGACCUGGAACAGUUUGUGAAAGCCCUCGAGAAUGCCCACAAGAGCGAUGCCGGCGCCGACAAGAAGGCGACCACUCCCACGGCAGACAAACCAGCGGAAUCCACGACGGCCGCCCAAGAGGAAAACGGCAAAUCCGCCGAAAAGAAGACCGAAGACGAUGAAAUGGCCGGAUAGAUUGCGUUGUCCUAAUUUGUUGCAAAACCAACACACACCAACUUUAUAUUAAAUACACAAACACACAUACUAUCCUUUAAUUGUAUCCUAUACUCUUGCUAAAUGUAAUCGGGGGAAAUCGAAAAAAGGCGGCAGGCAGAUUGUUGAUAAGCGAGACUUUUAAAAAUACGUGGAGCAAAGCAUGGAUCGGCAGUAAUCAAGAGGCGGUGUCGAGAUGAGCAACAUUAGCGAGUGAAAUUUUAAACGGGAAUGUUUUCUUUCACCAUUUUUUCGCGUUUAUGUUUUUGUACCUAACAAAUCCGAGAGCGCCGGUUUAAUUUUCAAAAACUGCAGCCGAUGCAAUCCUACCACACACUACAAAACAAAAAGAGACCUAGGAAACGGCUACUUCAAUUGGACCGCAAAGAUGAAAAAAAUGAAGAAUCAAUUGUAGAGAGUGAAUAGAGGCAGAAUAAAAACAAAACUAUGGAAAAUGUUUCAGUAACCUUAA